AUGAGAAAGGGGGGGCCUUCUGCGCAGGCCCGCACCGAGUAUGUCUACAACACUCUUUCGCCGUCGCUCCGAGGAAACAAGGGGGGUUGUGUGACGUGGCGAGACGACGCUGCCAACGAAUUGCUUCCUUCUGCGUUCUUUGUCUCUUUCUUUGGCUCUAUCUUUGGCUCUAUAUCUACGGACGUUGGCACAUUGAAAAGAGGUGACGACGACGACCGCGGCGGCAGCGACGGCGGCCUGGUGGUCCAGUCAACCGGCCACCUGGAGCCCGGGGCUGCCAAACCACCCUUCGUUUCUCUCGAUCAUCUUGCGGCUUGUCGCAAAUCAUCCAGUAAAACUGCUUGGGAUCCUUUCUUCUUUUUCCCCCUGACGCCUAUCCCCCACGCCCGUGAGUUUCUUCUCGUCAUCGGGAUUCUGACCAAAUCGGCCCAAAAUGAUAACACACAAUCGGAGUACGGCUAUUCCGCACCCACACGAAGGCUAUCCCGCACCCAUACUAGGCCUACUCAAGCAAAUAUUCUAGAGGGUUGGAAGGCGCGCUUCCACUGCACCUUCCACAACUGCACCUUCCACAACUGCACCUUCCACUGCCUAUUGCACCUUCCACUGCCUAUUGCACCUUCCACUUUGCCCUCUUCCACAAUGCCGACUAUGCGCGCUUUCUAA